AUGGUAGCUGUAGAACUACGGCUUCCGGGCGGCACGAUGGUCGUGGUCUCCAGUUAUCGCCCGCCGUCACUCAAACUGGGUGUUCUUCUGACUGAACUCGAAAAGGUUGUCUCGCCUCAUAAGUGGGUAGUUCUGGCAGGUGACUUCAACGCCAAACACUCGCUCUGGGGCUCCCCUGUUGACGACCUGGACGGGGACACGAUGAAGGAAGCGGCGGAGGGUUGGGGGAUGCACGUUCUGAACGAUCCGUUCGGAAUUGCUACCUACUCCUCUCCAUCGGGUGAGAGCUGGAUCGACCUCACUAUCGUGAGUGGGGCUAUGCUUAAGCUGAUCUCGCAAUGGGAAACCAUCGACUCAGAAAGCUGCAGCGACCAUCGCUUCAUUGCGUACCACGUAAUGUGCGACUCGCCGGAAUGGCAGAGUAGCUGCUACAGGCUUAAUGACGGAAACCGCAGUCAAUUUGCCAAAUGCCUCAAACACAAGACGGUCGACAUAGUCACACAAGUCUCUAAGGUUGAGAGUGUCGAAGACCUGAAGGAUGUCGUGGCCACACUCACCGAAGCGGUCAGAGAAGCAGGAGACUGCACGCUCGCGCAACGGAGGCCCGUCAGCCACCGGUCAGUUCCUUGGUGGAACCAGGAACUGAGUGUCCUAAGGAAGCGUGUGAGGGCGCUCUGA